GAAUAAAAACACGUCUGCUCGCCAAUAAUCACGCAUCCGAUAUUUUUUAUAAAAUUUUAUAAAGACAAAAUUGUACUUUUUAUAUUAUUUACUUAAUAUGAAGUUUAUAAUUGGAAUAACUUGCGUGUUUUUAUUAAGUUUAAGUGAUGGGUACAAAAUGACUAGAUGUGAAUUAGUUCGAAAAUUACAAAAAUAUGAAUUUCCUGAAGAAAAAAUGAGAGACUGGGUGUGCCUAGUAGAGAAAGAGAGCGGUCGUCGGACGGAUGUCGUCGGCAAGGUGAACAGGAAUGGCUCCCGAGACUACGGCCUGUUCCAGAUCAACGACCGCUGGUGGUGCAGCAACACCACUACUCCUGGACACAAGUGCAACGUCACAUGCAGUGAUCUAAUAACAGACGACAUCACGAAAGCAGUGGAGUGUACGAGGAUAAUCUUCCGGAAGCAAGGGUUCCUGGCGUGGCAUGGCUGGGCGAACCACUGUCAGAAGGAUCUACCUGAUAUCUCCGAUUGUGAUGCACCUGUUUCUGUGAUCUUAACCCCGGAGAAUCCCACAGAAACUACCCAGGCAAAUCUGCGAUAAGUCACAACAUAAAAAAUAAAAAUAAACAACAAAAUGUACAAAAUUAUUCCUCUCUAUACCACACCCCGGACAUUUCAUACAAAACACCUCGUCUUACACAGACACUACACAUUGACGUUGUCGUACACGCAUUGAAGAUUAAAGUAAGACCGAGGGGGUGAGGUAAACUCAGCUCAGCCGCUGGUGGGGAGCGGAGAGUUCUACACGUAGUAUUCCUCUCAAUACCAUUUGCGCUCUAGCAUAAACAAUAACACUAGCUAUAGA